AUGGCCGGGAGGCUGACUGCGAUGGGAUCCCGCAUCAUGGGCGGCCACGGCGCAGCCGCGCGCGCCGCGGCCUCCGCCCUCCGCAACCGCGCCGGCAUGGGCCUCCCCGCCGGCAGGCACAUCGUCCCCGACAAGCCCCUGCCUGUGAACGACGAGCUGGUGUGGGACAAUGGCACACCCUUCCCUGAGCCCUGCGUCGACCGCCUGGCGCCGCACAUCGGCAAGUACGAGGCUCUGGCGUGGCUGUGUGGAGGUCUGAGCUUCUUCGCCGCUCUCGGCCUGGCCGCCGUUGUGAAUGACAAGGCCUCCAAGAUGCCAUAUACACCAAAAGUCUACCCGUUCGACAAUUUGAGAGCGGAACUUGGUGAUAGAUCAUAA